AUGGUCACCCUGCGCAAGAACGGCCUGCUGUCCUCCUGCGAGCCAUGUCGCAAAUCCAAACUUCGCUGUGACCACCGCUUUCCCAUCUGCACUCGGUGCGCCCGCACAAAUAAGCAGGAUCGAUGCAUCUACCGCCCGUCUCCGAUGACCGGGCAGUCCAGGCGGACAGACCCUGGGUAUGAACAACCACGGUCGGAGGAGAUGCAAGUGCCUCGAUCCGUAUCGGAAAUGGGAGUAAGUGCGGGUCCAAGUCGGUUGGUGACCCCGAGUCCAUCGGGGGUCUCGGGGGGGAGGAGGCUAUCCCAGCCUGGAUUCCUGGGGUUAACCAGCUAUGAUGCUGCGUUGAAGGACAGUCGGGACUAUCUGGGGAUCUCAGCGCUCGGGACUGCAGAGAAGGAGAGGGAGCGUGCUAUCUCGCUCUCCGAGGCCUCGAACGCGACAUCCAUCGAACUGGACCAAGUACAUCAAGGUGCACGACUGUUGUUACUCCUGAGAGACUUCCAUUUAUACAAAGACAUCGCGGAAAUGUGGUUCCGAACAACAAAUGGCUGUGAUCCCCUUGGCCGUCCGAUCAUGGUGUUGGUAUUCCAGGCCCUGGAAGAGAAUCUCAUAGCUCGGCUGCCCGAUCUCGAUCUCUCGCAGCUGCUCACUCUGUCUAGUGAGGUUUUCCAGCUGUUCAACAAUCGUAUCCCAGUGCAUCCCUUGAUUACCAUUCACGAGUACAUCACAUGCAUGUCAUACAGAUGGGAGAUCAUCGGCAUGGUCUUCGCCUUCGUCGGAUUCGGCACGUUCAUGGCAUCGGACUGGGAUGCGAUAUUCCAGCGACAAGACCGGCCGGUGAUUUCCAGGAACGAUCUGCAGCACCUGGCCAUGUCCGCCGUGGAAACGUGCGUGAAGUUCUGCGAAGAAGCCGGGAUCGUAAACGACCCCGUCAGCUGGCUUGUCCUGCUACAUACUCAUCUGUCGACAUUAGUCUAUGGAGAUGGCGACCAUCGUUCCUGGCGAGCACUGGGAGAUCUGUCGACCAUCAUAUUCACCCUAGGAUUCAACCAACCCGCAUCCGACAACGACACCCCGUUCUGGCUCUCGGAGAUGCGCAAACGGCUAAUGGGCGCAUCCAUCAGCUUUGACAAGCAGCUGGCGACCUUUCUCGGAAGACCGCCCCGAAUCAGUUCGCGAUUCUGCAACACCACCCUGCCUCUGGACCUCAGCUUCGAAGAGAUCGUGGCUGAACCGAGUAUCCGCGACGCGGCUAUUAGCAAGCUGGACGCGAAUGGGUGGAACACCGACGGAAGCACAGCAAAGGCAAUGUGGGCUCGGAUUCCCCUGCUCAUGGGCCACGUCAGGGAGGAUAUUCUCGAACUGUCAUUGAAUAAUCAUAUCGAGGACCUGCCGCGGAAAGUCAAUGACAUACUCCAGACCUCGCAUCGCGUAUGGGCCAGUCUUCCCUCCUUCCUCCACUGGAAGCAAGACCUAGAAGACCACCCGGGGCUGAACGCGACCGAAAACGCCGUGAUCUAUCUCCACCUCGACUACCUCUACAACGACUUCCUCCUCUACCGCAUCCUAUCCAAACGCACAAACACCUGGAGCGAAGACCUCGUUCAGGUAUCGCAUGAAAUCCUGGGCGGGGUUCUCUCGCUGGUCGAGAACAGGAUGCGGACCACGAAGGCCUCAGGCGAGAAUAGCUGGGUUAUAUCCUACUUCGGCCUCCCCACAGCGGGCGUCCUAGCCAUCGAACUCGUCCGUCGCUGCUCCCAUCUCUCGCCUGAAGCCGCCGCCAACGUGGCUGCGACUUCCACGAUCCCCUUCCCGCGAUCCCGCGUCAUCCAGAACCUGAGUGUCUUUGCGUCUCUCAUCAAGACGGUGAUAGAGCCCCACGAGGGUAACUACGGGAUAUGCCAGAAGGCGCGGGAGACGAUCCGCCGCGUGCUGGAUGCGGUGCUCUCGGCGGAGAAUUACCAGUCUGUUGCUUCUAUGCCGACUAGCAACAGCAACGGCAACACGGGGUUGGAGCUCUCGAAUGAUCCCACCCUGUCGGAGAGUAUCGUUGAUUAUAGUUACUAUAUCAGUCAUCUGGAUAAUUGGCAGUUUGAGUUGCCGAAUAAUUUGAAUUUACUUUGA